AGAAGACGUUCACGACGUCAUGCAUCAGUUGUCUGCAUACCGGUAGACACGUUUUUUGUGUUGUGUCACCAGUUAGUGGACAGCGUAUUGCUUGCAGAUCAUGUGAACUACAUCAAGGACUGAAUUUUUGUUAUUUUGUUAUGGGCUAACCUAACUCGCCAUUGCUUGUGUUUUUGUUUGCUAGCACAGUUGGCUUUAGUCAAGCUUGCUAACAGAAGCUAGUUCACUAGCAUGUAUCAGCACUGGUCUGUCAACAUUUAAAGAGCGAGCAUGAGUAGCUUGGAUCAAGACCAGCGUCUCCAUCCCAGUUGCUGUGACAAAACAACAGUUUCCAGUGAUUCAUCAGAUCCUCAUGAGUUUGCCAGGCAGCCUCUCCAAGGUCUAAAAUUGGCAUCACAUGCAGUGCUGGAGGAAGCACAGCAGAGGGGCAGGUUGAAAUGCUCUAAAUGUGGAGGAUCAAGGAUGUUCUUCUGCUACACAUGCUGCUCAUUAGUGGGUGUCACCCUGCAGGAAAUCCCUGUAAUCAAGCUUCCUGUGAAGAUAGACAUCAUCAAGCAUCCCAAUGAGACGGAUGGAAAGAGCACUGCUAUUCAUGCCAAGAUCCUCGCACCCAGUGACGUCACCAUAUACACUUACCCCUGCAUACCUGACUUUGAAAAGGACAAGGUGGUGUUGGUGUUCCCUGGUCCAGGGGCAAUUUCAGUUCAAGACAUGAUGUGGCAUUUGCAUGACAAAACUGACAGCAAGUCAAAGUACUUGUCUGAUGAACCUUGCAUAAAGAGGCUGAAAAGUGAGGAAGUUCAAGGUGCCACACACUCUGGAGAGUACCCAGAGUCAGGGACCCCAGAUGAUGCAAUGGGCAACGAGUCAAGGGUGUAUCCCCUACAGAGGGUGGUCUUCAUUGACAGCACAUGGAACCAGACCAACAAGAUCAGCACAGAUGAGAGACUGCAAGAUUUGGUCCGAGUCGAGCUGAAGAUGAGGAAAACAUGUUUCUGGCGCCAUCAGAAGGGCAAACCAGACACCUACCUAGCUACUAUUGAGGCUAUUUACUAUUUCCUCAAGGACCUCCACAAACACUGCCUUGCUCAGGAGUACAAUGGAGAAUAUGAUAACCUUCUCUUCUUCUACUCCUACCUGCACUCAGUUGUCAACAAAGCCAAAACAGCUGCUGGAAAACGCUGAGAGAAAAACCUAAAAUCAGUUUCAAGAGACUGUUAUGAAUUAUAACAGAAGAGUUGAUUCACAUGCAAGCCUGACUGUGUCUGGUUUUAUUUUAUGGCUGAGUAACAUUUUAUUUUGUAAGGGAUACUGUCACUGUUUGUAGAAGAAUAUGCAAUAAAACACAAAGUGUUGACAAUUGAAAAACAUGAA